AUGUCCCAGCCCCGACAAACCGCACCGCCUUCGACCUCAUCGCCGUCCAUUUCAAAGUCGUCCUUACGGCGGACCAGCGGACCACAGAACCAGAACCCGAACCCGACCUCCAACCCCAACCCCAACCCUUCGAUAGUAACGUCUGCCCGUGGCCUUCCGCAACCACACUUUGAAGACGAUCCCAUCGUUGCAUCGUACCAGUCUCCAUAUUCGCCGCGGUUGACCAAUGUCGACUUCGAGCACGAGCAGGAGCAGGAGCAUGCCAUCGAGUCGGAACAAUAUGGCCUCGGCCAGGACGAUGGCCAAUCCAUCACCAUCCCGUCCUUCCAGCCCUUCUUCACCUUGAUCGAGGACAGCGUGACCAGCGAACACUACCAUCCCACAGUCCACUACGUUUUUGCCGACGACGACUCGGAAAUCAUAGCAGAAGCAGCUUGCCGGAGUCUCCAGGCCUUGGACCCGUCGCAACGCCCGACGUCGCAGACGCAGAUACAACCCCGCGUAAGGGCACUGUCUCAUCAGGAGCAGGAGGCGGAGGGGGAGGAGGACGACGAAAAUGAUGCUCACCACCCUCGCCUGCCGCCACCCAUCGCCGGCGUGUGCGAACACUAUCUGAUUCUCGAGGUGCAGCCGAGGACCCAACCUCUUCCCGAAAUACAGUCGCAAUCACACUCGCACUCGCACUCGCACUCGCACGAUGAAUCGGUUCCACCACUAGGGUCUGCGUACGAGGUCACAUCAGCGCAGAGCCUCAGCGCCGAUUGGCAGGUUCUCCGAUCGACCAUCACAACAGCGCCGACGAUUGGGGACGGAGGCGGAAGUGGCGCGGCGGGUGAAGACGACGGACUCAUGCUCCGCAUCCAAGGGAGAGGAAAUAUGCCGGGCGAUGCCGGGCCAGGCGGGGUCAAAGAGAGCAUGGAGGAGAUGAUUGAGCGGUUUCAAAGGCGGCUGGAAGAUAUCCGGCAAGUCAUGGAGGCGACGGCGACGGCGACGGCGGCCACGACCGUGACCACUAUUAGAGGGGCCAGUGCUACUGUUACUGCAACUGCAACUGGAACUGGUGCUGGCGCGAUGGGAGAGGAGUAG